AGGUCAAGAAAGCGUUAAGUGGAUUUAUGAAGUAACAGAAGGAAGAAAAAUGGAGACAGAGACCAUUUCAAGUCUGAGACACCAACUGAAGGAAGCAGAGAAUGAGCGCAGAAAGGCAGCGCAGUACGGGCUGCAUUUGUUGGAGUCCCAAAGUGAAAUUCAGAAUCAGUUGGAUGAAACACGGCGUGAAUUGACUGAGAAAACUGAGAAAUUUGAACAAGAUAAAUACUCUCUUCAGAGAGAAAUUGAACUUAAGAAUCGAAUGUUGGAAAGUUUGACUUUCGAAUGUGACGCCCUAAAGCAACAGCAAAACGUGCAACUGGAUAAACAGAAAGAACAGCUUGCUAGAGUCUAUGGACAAGAAAUCAGUGACCUUAAAAACAAGCUGGAGAACCUGAAAGCAGAACUAGAUGAAACCCGACUGUCGGAGAAACAAUUAAGACACAAAGUGGAUCAUCAGAAGGAAAUAAUUGCUGCCAAAUCAGAAGAACUGCAUAUGAUGUCUGAACGUGUACAUGAGACCAUGUCUUCAGAAAUGCUCAAUCUUCAGAUAGAACUCACUGAACUAGAAAGUGUGAAGGCCAGUGUUGAAGAAAAGCUGAAUGAACUGCAGUGCAGUAAAGAACAACUAGAACUCAUGAACAGUAACUUGCGUAAUCAGGUGGAGCGUAUACAGGGGGAAAAAGAAGAGAGGGAAAAAGAAGUUGUUUCUUACUGUAAUGCAUUAGAGAAAGCUCGUGAGGCUAAUCAAGAGCUUCAGGUUCAGCUGGAUCAUGCAGUGCAGCAGUCUUUGGACCCUACAAGUAAAGGCAAUUCUCUCUUUGCAGAGGUGGAGGACCGUAGGGCAGAAAUGGAACGACAACUGAUCAGUAUGAGAAUAAAAUAUCAGUCACUACAAAAACAGCAUGCAUUCACUAGAGAACAAUUGCAAAGAAUGAAGCUGCAAAUGGCUACACUGCUACAAAUAAAAGGCUCUCAGGCAGAGUUUGAGCAGCUGGAACGCUUGCAGUCCAUGCUAGAGCAAAAGAAUGGUGAGAUAGAAGAUCUUCUUAUGAAAGUGAGGCAGCUAGAAAAAUUUAAGACUUUAUAUGAGAAUACAGAAGAACUCAAAGCUAGUAGGAGCUCCCAAGAAGAGUCUGAAGAUGGCUACUAUGCAGAUUUACUGCAAAUGAAACUUGACAAGUCAAACAAGGAAAAUGAAACCUUGAAAAAUGAACUAUCCUUGCAGAGGAUGAAAGCUCUGUAUGAGAGCCAAAGGGUUCUGGAAGUUGAAAGGAAACUCUUCACAAAUGAGAGGCAUUUGCAAGCUUCUCAGAGUGAGAAUAUGAACUUGCGGGUUAUGCUGGAUGACCUAAAAAUGAAAUACGAACCUGAAGAAUUACUGAAAGGCACUCAAAUUAAAAAGAAGAGGGAGAAGAUUCCAGUCGACAGUACUUCCGAAUGCUUGGACAGAAAAAAUACUUCAGUAAAAGAAGCUGCUCUCUCUCAGUUACCAAGUAAGGAAGAAAUAAAGAUGACUUCCAAUAACUUGGAUCAAAGUGAAGCUUCUCCAAAAAAACAUGCUCUUGAAGCACCAUCAUUAAAUAGAGCUCUUCAAGCAAUGCAAGAAGUAGUUCAACCUGAAAGAGAAAGGAAGAGAGUUACAAUUAAAGAUGAGACUCAUGAUGCCUUUCCUUCAUGUAGCCAAAGUAGAAGUAAUUUCUUGACUCCAGCUGCCCCCAGGUUAACAGCUGAAUCCAGACUUGAAACUACGGAAAAAGAAGAUAAGAAAGAAAAUAAAAUCACAACUGAGAAGAAAACACAAAAGAGAAAGUACACAACAUUGUAUGUAUCUUCUAAGCCAACCUCUGAAACUCAAUGUGCCCAGCAAUAA